AAUGGCCCCAUUACUUUCCUAUUGUUUCAAUUUCUCUCUGGCGAUGGUCCCCCUCCCAUUAAACCAAAUUAUUUCUUCCCAUCUCCUCUCUUCUCCCCUAAAAACACUAAUCUAUCCUAUCAGGAUGGACUUUUCACCUCCUCCCCUUAGUCCUUUCAUCCCCUUUAUUUCAAUAUGGUACAAUAGAAUUAAUACUUUUCAAUUAAUUCUCCUUCAUAAUGCCCCAUUUUUUGCAAAUCCAAACCUUCCAGCAUUGGCGUUAGAGAAAAACACCAAUGAUUUCUCUUCUCCUUCUGUCCUAUUAGUCAGACAAAAAGAAAACUCCCCGCUCAAUCUCCCACUCUCCCACUCAAUCAAUUUUCUUUUAGCCGUAUUUCCCACAAUUUUUCCUCUUUCGGAUAUAGCUCACUUCCCAUUCGGAAAAUUUCAUUUUAUUAUAUUACCAGUUUCCGUCCCCGAGCUUAGCUUUCUCUCCGGAUUUGACUCUCUCUUUCGACAAGCUCUUGUUUUCCACUACCCUUUCCAUUUGAUAAAUUUUUAA